AAAAAACACGUGGCCCGAACCGGACGACAAAAUGUGCUUCCUCUCUCAGAAACCCCUCCUCCGGGUUUCCAUGCAUUGGCGCGCUUCGCCUGUGCGGCCGCGGCUCUCUGCUCCUCCCCGGGUGCUGGACUCACUGUAGCGGGCUGCGAGUGAAACCACAGCAGGCAUGAGUGCGGCGGGUCACGCUCGGCCCGGUUCGGCCGCCGGCCCCGUCCAGCAGGGACUGAAAGAGGCUCUGAUCGAGACGCUGACGGCCAUCCUGUCCCCGGUUCAAGAAGUGCGCGCCGCUGCGGAGGAGCAGAUCAAAGUGCUGGAAGUGACAGAGGAGUUUGGCGUCCACCUGGCAGAACUCACCGUCGACACUCGGGGAGCGCUUGCUAUCCGUCAGUUGGCAUCAGUCAUCCUGAAGCAGUAUGUGGAGACUCACUGGUGUUCCCAGUCAGAGAAAUUCAGACCUCCUGAAACCACAGAUCAGGCUAAAGCUGCCAUCAGGGAGCUGCUGCCAAGCGGUUUGCGGGAGUCGAUCAGCAAAGUUCGCUCCAGCGUUGCGUACGCGGUGUCGGCCAUCGCCCACUGGGACUGGCCUGAGGCGUGGCCGCAGCUCUUCACCCUGCUGAUGGAGAUGCUGGUCAGCGGAGAUGUCAACGCUGUGCACGGAGCCAUGAGGGUCCUCACGGAGUUUACUCGAGAGGUGACGGAUACGCAGAUGCCGCUGGUGGCUCCAGUCAUCUUACCUGAGAUGUACAAGAUCUUCACCAUGGCCGAGGUUUACAGCAUUCGUACACGCUCCAGAGCCGUGGAGAUAUUCACCACCUGUGCCAACCUCAUCUGUGCAAUUGAAGAGCUUGAAAAGGGUGCAGCCAAAGCGUUGAUCUUCCCCGUGGUGCAGCAGUUCACAGAGGCGUUUGUGCAGGCCCUGCAGAUGCCCGAUGGACCCUCGUCUGAUAGCGGCCUCAAGAUGGAAGUCCUCAAGGCAGUAACAGCUUUGGUAAAGAACUUCCCCAAACCCAUGGUGUCCUCCAUGCAGCAGAUAUUACCCAUUGUGUGGAAUACUCUGACCGAAAGUGCAGCUUUUUAUGUAAGAACAGAAGUCAACUACACAGAGGAGGUGGACGACCCAGUAGACUCAGAUGGUGAGGUUCUGGGCUUUGAGAAUCUGGUGUUCAGCAUCUUCGAGUUCGUCCACACGCUCCUCGAGAACAACAAGUUCAAGAGCACGGUGAAGAAAGCGCUGCCCGAACUCAUCUACUACAUCAUCCUGUACAUGCAGAUCACUGAGGAUCAGAUCAAAGUGUGGACGGCGAACCCUCAGCAGUUUGUGGAGGACGAGGAUGACGACACCUUCUCCUACUCUGUCAGGAUCUCUGCUCAGGACCUGCUGCUGGCUGUUGCUGCAGAGUUUCAGAAUGAGAGUGCAGCAGCGCUGGCGGCGGCUGCGACCAGACACCUCCAGGAGGCGGAGCAGAGCAAGAACAGCGGCAAUGAGCACUGGUGGAAGAUCCACGAGGCCUGCAUGCUGGCCCUGGGCUCAGUCAAGACCAUCAUCACAGAGAACGUGAAGAACGGCCGUAUCCAGUUUGACAUGCAUGGUUUUCUGGCCAGCGUCAUCCUGGCUGAUCUCAACCUGGCAGCGGCGUCUCCGUUCCUCCUCGGUCGAGCUCUGUGGGCGGCCAGUCGCUUCACAGCAGCCAUGUCUCCAGAGCUCAUCCAGCAGUUCCUCCAGGCCACCGUCAGCGGCCUCCACGACAGCCAGCCGCCCUCCGUUCGCAUCUCCGCGGUCAGGGCCAUCUGGGGGUACUGUGAUCAGCUGAAGCUGUCAGAGAGCACGCAUGUCCUUCAGCCCUUCCUCCCCAGCAUCCUGGAGGGACUGGUCCAGCUGGCCGCCCAGUUCAGCUCCGAGGUGCUGACCCUCGUCAUGGAGACGCUGUGCAUCGUCUGCACCGUCGACCCGGCCUUCACCACCAGCGCUGAGAACAAGAUCUGCCCCCUCACCAUUGCUAUUUUUCUCAAAUAUAACAAUGACCCAGUGGUGGCGUCCUUGGCUCAGGACAUCUUUAAGGAGCUGGCACAGAUCGAAGGCUGCCAGGGCCCCAUGCAGAUGCGUCUCAUCCCCACGCUGGUCAGCAUCAUGCAGGCUCCUCCUGACAAGAUUCCCUCUGGACUCUGUGCUACGUCCAUAGACAUCCUGACCACGGUGGUAAGAAACACCAAACCUCCUCUGUCAGAGAUGUUGGUGUGCCAGGCCUUUCCUGUGGUGGCUCAGUGCACCUUACGCACCGACGACAACACGAUCAUGCAGAAUGGCGGGGAGUGUUUGCGGGCGUACGUUUCCGUGGCCCUCGAGCAGAUCGCCCAGUGGAGGGACGAGCAGGGCAACAGUGGCCUCUGGUAUGUCAUGCAGGUGGUCAACCAGCUGCUGGACCCCCGGACCUCUGAGUUCACGGCCGCCUUCGUGGGCAGGCUGGUGUCCACUCUGAUCUCUCGGGCGGGAACUGAGCUCGGCGAGCAGCUGGACCAGAUCCUCCGAGCGAUUCUGAGCAAGAUGCAGCAGGCCGAGACUCUGAGUGUCAUGCAGUCCCUCAUCAUGGUGUUUGCACACCUGGUUCACUCCCAGCUGGAGCCGCUGCUGGAGUUCUUGUGCAGUCUGCCGGGACCGACGGGGAAACCGGCCCUGGAGUUCGUCAUGACGGAGUGGAUGAGCCGGCAGCACCUUUUCUACGGACAGUACGAGGGCAAAGUCAGCACGGUGGCUCUCUGUAAGCUGCUGCAACACGGUCUAAAUACAGAUGACAAACGUCUCCAGGACAUCGUGGUGAAGGGAGAAGAGCUCUACAGCCCUGAGGACGGCAUCCGAACACGCUCCAAAUCUGCCAAGAACCCAGAGCGUUGGACCAACAUUCCUUUGCUAGUGAAGAUUUUUAAAUUGAUUAUUAACGAGCUGUCGACGGUGGUGGAGGCGAACACCAGCAGAGCGAACGCAGCAGACUGGAGCCAAGAUUCCACUGGUAUGUGGGAGGAACAGGAGGAGGACGAGGGGGAGGAUGAUGAUGAGGAGGAUGAAGGGCUGGCAGGGCAGCUGCUCUCUGAUCUCAUCGCCUCCAACAAAUACGACGACGAUUAUUAUGAGGAUGAUGAGGAGGACGAUCCAGAUGCCUUGAAAGACCCCAUAUAUCAGAUUGAUCUGCAGGCCUACCUAACGGACUUCCUGACACAGUUUGCCCAGCAGCCAUGUUACAGCAUGUUCUCAGGCCACCUCAACACCGCCGAGAGACAAACCCUGCAGUCUAUAGGCCUCUAGCCUCGCCGUCUGCCGCUCCAACCACAUCAUCUUCCAUCUACAGCACCCAAAACGCUCCUCUAUUGCCCCAUCACUUAAUGCUAUCAUGAUCACGAAAGGAAGGGAGAAAACUUGGGGUGUCGGCGGAAGUGAGCGGGGUGGGAAGAGACUGACGCACUUAUGGUUUACUUCCGUUUCUUCAUACGUGUGACGAGAUGAAGGACACUGCAGACACUAAAGUGAGGAGGAGGAUGAUGAGACUGCACAGGUGUGAAGGUCAGAGGUCACGCUGUUAUAGAGGAAUUUCAAACUAGACGAGAGGAUUCGGUGAAGAUGUCGAGGCUUCACAGAGAGGGACAGGUGAGCCAAGACGGAUGAACGGACUGCUUCGCCACGUCCCGUUUGUAAUUUAGCUCAUUAUUUUUGUGUUCUUGUAUGAACAGAACGAACAUGGAAGACACUUCCAAGAGACUUUACAUUGAUUGAAGAAAACAGAAGCAAACAAGCAUCAUGAUGUUUGAGAGAGAAACAUUGGCGGCCUUAUAUUCCAUUAAACAUUGACUGUUUCCGACAGGAAAUGAAAGCUCUUAGACCAGCUGUCAUGUCUCGGUGUACGGUGGGUUUUUGGGAAUUCACACUGUUGCCAUGGUGAUUCAGAGCCUUGUCAUUUCCUUGUAACCAUUGACUUUGCGAUGGGAAAAUUUCUAAAUAAAAGUCCCAAAAGGACAACAUUUCCAGAUCGA